AUGGUUUGGUUUGAAAUCAUUCCAUCACUUAUUCUGACGGCAGGUCCACUUCUUCUCGUUGCUGCACCUACAAUUUAUAUCGGCAAUUGGUUUUUCCUUAACGGAAAAAAAUAUGGACCAAAAAAUAUGAUGAAAGAUGAUCGAGAUUAUUAUAUGUAUUUGCGAGAUCGACGUAUCACAGGAAAUGAAUAUUAUCCACGAGGCGUCGAAGCUAUCGACGAGCGUCCCACAUUGGUUAAACUCCGAAAUCUUUGGAACAUGUAA